AGACCAACCUUCUCGCCGCUCCUCACUAUCCUCGCCUCUGCCUCAGUCGCUGCUGAGAAAAUGGGUCUGCCACACUUUUGGACCCCGCGAUAGCGCCUUUCGCAUCGUUUGCUGGCCACAUCACCGUCGCAGUCUCCCCGGCCCAACACUCCACCCAACUCCGCAUUGCAACUCAAGACGCCCCACUUGCGCAUCGUAGUGGUUGAAACCUAUCCACAAACAUCUCAUUUCUUUGCUGCGCCCAACAUGAAUACUCGACCUAUUCUAGACUCGGAUACAGGGCCCUUUGUCCUCUCGGCAUCCUUCAACGCCGACUGCUCUCACUUCUCGGUGGCUUUGGAGACGGGAUUCCGCGUAUUCUCCUCCACAACAUGCGAAGAGAAGAUCGCCAGAGAAGUCGGCGGCGGCAUCGGCUGCGCAGAGAUGCUCGGCAACAAGAGUUACAUUGCCCUAGUCGGAGGAGGGAAGCAGCCCAAGUACCCUCAGAACAAGGUUAGCUUUCCUGGCGACUCCGACUGGCUUCUUGUCAACGACACUGACAUCAUCUACGAGGUCCAAAUCUGGAACGAUAAAACCGAACGCUUCACCACGUCGGUCGAAUUCAAAACGCCGGUCCAGCGCGUGCGCCUCAGCCAGACACACAUGAUUGUCGCCUUGCUGAACUCGAUAUGCAUAUACAAGAUGAAAGUACCGCUAGCCAAAACCGCGGAAUACGAGACAGUCAACAACCCAUUCGGGCUGUGUGAGCUAGGCACGAAUAUCGUCGCAUUCCCUGGUAGAGCGGCGGGCCAAGUCAAGAUCUACGAUCUGAACACGGGCAACGUCAGUAUCAUCCCGGCCCACGAAAGCCCCUUGCGCGCAAUCGGGAUAAGCAGGGCGGGCGACCUUAUUGCUACGGCUAGUGAGCAGGGCACACUGAUACGCCUGUGGUCCUUUCCCUCGUGCACAAAGCUCGCUGAGCUGCGCCGCGGCGUCGACCCCGCUGCCAUUUUCUCCCUCGCCUUCUCGCCCGACGGCUCGACCCUCGCCGUCACAUCCGAUAAAUCGACACUCCAUAUCUACGACCUCGUCACCGCAACUACAGCUGCCGCAAACGCCGAUCCCAGUCAGCAUAAAUACGGCAUCCUUUCCAAGAUUCCUUUGCUACCCCGCCAGUUCUCCGAUACGUAUCCGACUGCGACUGUCAAGUUCGAAAUGGGCGAUGAACCGACUGCUUGGGGGCCGCAUGGUAGGUCUGCAACACUCAGUGCUGGGAUACCCGGUGUGCCUGGGGGGCGUCCAACAAAAGGCCUCAUUGGGUGGUUGAACGACGAGACUAUUCUUGUUAUCGGUGCUGGGCAGGAUGCGCGGUGGGAGAGGUUCCAUGUGGGUCCUGAUGAUAAAGGCAAGAAGUGUGUUGUUACGAAUGGGUGGAGAAGGUAUAUCGAUUAGAGAUGUCUUCGUUAGAGUAUGGAUUGGCGGAGCGAGAUGGUGAAGAAGUGUGUAGCGAGUGAAAUCUUUUUUUGGC